AUGGCCGCUUUCCGCAGAGUGGCAGCUCUGGCCGGGAAGAUGAACCUGUGGUCGGCGGGGAGAACCGUGCUGGUCGGCGGUCAGAGGCCCGAUGGAGGGAGAGUCCGGGGCUGUGUGGCGGUCGGGAUGUGUGUCGCGGCGGGAGGCGCCGUGGCUCUUUACCUCUACAGCGACAUGACGAGCGGCAGAGGCAGGAAGAGGAUGGAGAGACACAGCAUCCACGAUUUACUGCCCACCAUCCCCCGAGUCCAGGCGAAGGAGAAGGGACGUCCGUUUGACUUUGAAGACGGAGACGUGUACAUGUCGUCCCACGAGCAUCGUUUCCGCAUGUUCAGCUCAGCGGAGUAUGACGGGCAGCUGUACAUGACCCCGCAGAACUUCAUCGAGUCAGUCACCAUGAAUGAACCAAGAAACAAGAGGCCCUGGAGGUCCCUGACCAAACAGGAGCUGGAGAAGAUCCUGUCAGACACUCCCCCAGUAUGGAGAGGAUCCUCUAAACUGUUCCGCAACCUGAGAGAACGAGGCAUCAUCUCUUACACAGAGUACCUGUUCCUGCUCUGCAUCCUGACAAAGCCCCAUGCUGGUUUCAAGAUUGCUUUCAAUAUGUUUGAUGCAGACGGCAACCAGAUGGUGGACAAGAGGGAGUUCUUGGUGCUUCAGGAGAUCUUCCGGAAGAAAAACGAGAAGAAGGGAAGGAAGGGAGAUGCUGAAAAGUCAGCACAGUUGAGUAUGCAGCUCUAUGGAUAUCAGGUUGCCCCCAUGAACAGCGUGCUAAAAAAAGACAGUCAGGAGUUAAUGGUGCGGAGUUACUGGGACGUUCUGAGGCGAAGUGCCAGUCAAGUCCUGUUUUCUGACCUGGCCGAGGAUUUUACCCUUGAGCGAGCAGAUGAGACUGUAACAAUCGACACCACCCUGCUGGUCCAUUUCUUUGGGAAGAAAGGGAAGGCAGAGCUGACGUUUGAUGACUUCUACAGGUUUAUGGACAACCUGCAGACAGAAGUGUUGGAAAUUGAGUUUCUGACCUACUCUAAAGGAAUGACCACCAUCAGCGAGGAAGACUUUGCAAAAAUCCUUCUGCGCUUCACCAAUGUGGAGAACAUCAGCGCCUACCUGGAGAAUGUCCGCCAGUGUAUACCUGAUGAGAAGAAGCAGGAGGGAAUCACCUUCGAUGAGUUCAGAUCCUUCUUCCAGUUCCUCAACAACCUUGAGGACUUCGCCAUCGCUAUGCAGAUGUAUAACUUUGCCUCUCGCUCAAUUGGACAAGAUGAAUUUGCAAGAGCAGUGUAUGUAGCCACUGGGCUGAAGCUGACACGUCACCUUGUGAACACCAUCUUCAAGAUUUUUGACGUAGAUCACGACGAUCAGCUCUCCUACAAGGAGUUCAUCGGCAUCAUGAAGGACCGGCUGCACAGAGGAGGCAGGGGCUACAAAGCUGUUGCACGAUUCGUCUCUUUUAAAUCCUGUCUGAAGAAGGAGCUAGUGAAGGGUCGACACUACACCUCCUUCUCCAGCUGCGUUCGCUCUGAGGCCAGGAGACAAGUUCACCAGCUCUGGAGGAGGUACAAGGAGAAGUCGUAG